AUGCAUCGACUUUUUGCUGAGCUGGAGCCAUCUGUAACCGUCACCGAGCAAAACCUGGCAGACCAAGGUGAAAAUGCUGAGGCUGAGGAUGCGGCGCCACAACUUGCUGAGCAAACGGCAAAUCUGGAUGCCGCUGUGAAUACGCCAGAUGUGGUUGACUCAAACGAUAAUGGAACAGUCGCCCUGGAACUGGAACUAGAGCAAAUGAGGAGUACAUUGGAAGAGGCGAUUGUGGAAACGCGCAGUACGCCUCUCGAAAAUCGACCGCGACUUCCCCGCUUAGCCCUAAGCAAGCGGAAUCGGGCUGUCGCGAGGGCUCUGAACCCAAUGCUGGUUACCUAUUUGGAAGCCAGCCGGGACCUUUGCGAGACUAACUCAAUUCUUUUUGGCGCCGCACUGACAGUCUGCCAUAUUAUAGGCGCCAAACUUUCUACGGCACGGCACGGAAUAAGAAUUGAAGAACGUAUCGCAAAGGCUAAGGCCUUCAUCGGCAGACUGAUAUGCUUCAGGUCAGGCAGUACCAGGCCAAGGAUUGUGCGCAGCGUCAGGAUGGCGUUUGCUGCGACAAGUGCUAAUUUGUCCCAGCCGGAUAUAAUGCAAAAACUGACGAAGCGCAUAGACGACCUAAAGGGUACAAAUUCGCAAGGAACUCGGAGAGGUUGGAAAGCUAUACAAGCCUGGUGUAUAGCCUGGUGGCACUCUGGACGAGAAGAUCUUGAGGACACGGAAGCAGAGGAAGAACCGUCAGACGCUGGAUAUGCAACGCCAGUGUCUGUGGAAACGCCUCUGCAAAGUUCUGUGUCCAGGUGUACAUCGCUUAACGUUAUCAGGGAUCCGUUCGCAGCCCGCGGUGGCUCCGGUGGUUCGACCACCGGCGACGGAGGCACGUCACCUCUUCGUAGAAACUUCGAGAAUCCUACAGCUCCCAUACCAGCAGCAAGAGACAGCCGCUCACUCCCUCCUAACACCAGAAUCAACACUGCUACAUCACCAGCUCCUAAAUCAGCAUCAGCUGAUUCAGUGUACACUAUCCUCAUAAGAUUACCAGAUGCGGAUACGGAGAGACCUAGCAUCAAAAUGAUAACUGAAGAGUCACCACCGUCUAAUGCGAGAACCCAAUAUCGACCACCAACUAGGGGUGAUUCUGAAUUCAACCUUCACCCGGGUGGUCAUACUGCAUUGACAAGAAGGACAUCACAUAUACAGGAUGUUAGAAUUCCUCUUAACGCUAAAAUAAUUCCCAAACAGCUGGCUGGUAAGGGAAUCACUUCAAAGCAACCAAAAAAGAAGAAGACUCAGGAAAAGAAACAAGAGACAAAAGCGGCUAAAACUUUAUCCGCUAUUCUCUUAUCCUUCAUCAUAACCUGGACGCCUUACAAUAUUCUCGUGCUAUUAAAACCUCUUACAGCGUGCACUAAGUGUAUUCCAGACGAACUUUGGUCUUUCUUUUACGCUCUAUGCUAUAUUAAUUCUACUAUAAAUCCAGUCUGUUACGCUCUGUGUAACGCAACAUUUAGAAGAACGUAUGUCAGGAUUUUAACUUGUAAAUGGCACAACAGGAAUCGUGAAGCUAUGACUAGAGGCAUGUACAACUGA